AAGACUCGUUAUCCUGAAUGUGUCAGACAAUUCCACUCUUCUUAGUACUUUUACUUUUCUGAGAAGUCAAAGAAAUUAACAGUAAAAUGUCUAAAUAUAGCGUGUUAUUACCUACUUAUAACGAGAAAAGAAACUUGCCAAUUAUUACUUAUCUAAUUGCACGUACUUUCGAGCAAGCAAAUUUGUCUUGGGAAAUCGUUGUGAUUGAUGAUGCCUCUCCAGAUGGAACUCAGGAAGUAGCAAAAGAGUUGCAAAGAAUUUACGGUGAAGAAAGAAUUCUCUUAAAGCCCCGUGCUGGGAAGCUGGGUCUUGGUACCGCCUAUAUUCACGGAUUGAAGUCUGCUACUGGUGACUUUGUGAUUAUUAUGGAUGCCGACUUCUCUCAUCACCCAAAGUACCUUCCUGAAUUUAUUAAGUUACAGAAGGAAGGUAACUACGAUAUCGUUUUGGGGACUCGCUAUGCUAAGGACGGUGGUGUUUAUGGAUGGAAUUUGAAGAGAAAGUUGAUUUCUCGUGGAGCCAAUCUUUUGGCUAGUACCGUUUUAGGAACUGGCGUCUCUGAUGUUACCGGAAGUUUCCGACUUUAUAAGAAACAUGUUUUGGAAACCUUGAUGAAAGAAAUUACUAGCAAAGGAUAUGUUUUCCAAAUGGAAAUGAUUGCUCGUGCUCGACAACAUAAUUAUAGUAUUGGUGAAGUACCUAUCGCAUUCGUUGAUAGAUUAUAUGGUGAAAGUAAACUUGGUAUGGAUGACAUUAUCGGGUAUUUGAAGGGUGUGCUUUCCUUAGUCUUCAUUUGAGCAUAUAAACUGAAGCACACAGUAUUUACGAGUUUAUCAGCCUCUUGGUUUUAUCAUUUCUUGAGUUCUUUUUUUCGAGAGCAUUCAUUAAGAAAUUUCCUAUUACUAUAAUGGCCUAUAUUUAGAUUUUAAUGAGUGAUUAGUAUUCGAGUUUGCUUAAUACUCAAAAGAUGUUAAUAUGAUUGAUGCAUACAGUAUGGUUAGCUUACGUUUUCUAGUAAUGCAAGACAGUAAGUUGAGUCGAAC